GACUCAAAGCACUGUGGAAGACGCAUUGAUAAACCUAAGUUGCACAUAAGGCAAGAUAUUACUUCGUAUCUUUAUCGAAACGAUUUGUCGCAGGUUUGUAAAGUUCUGUCUCGCAGAUUUUACAGAUGUAAUAUUUAACAUAAGCUAUAGUUUGGUAAGACGUAGGCAAUAUUGUAUAAGUGUACGGUUAGACUAUGAAUAAUGUAAAUGUAUAAAGUUAUCGCUAUCGCUACGGAGAAUCGUAUCGAUUUUUGAAAUUUUUGAAAUCAAUCUGAAAUCGUUACACAUAAACAUGAUUCUCAGAAUUAAUGUUGUUUUCACAUUUCUGCGAUAAAAAAUUAAAUCGAGUUUAUCAUUUCCGAAAUGCAUUGGAUAAUAUUCUUUUAUUCUAAAUCUUAAUAUUUGAGAUAUAAUCUACUUGCAAAAUAAUAAUACUUCCUAAUGUAAAUGAAAGUAUCAAAAUAUAUGUAUUUUACGACAUUAAGAUGUAAAUAACAUUAUAAAUAUUCGAAUAAAAGUCAAAAAUCUUAAAUUUUAUUAGUUUCUUUUUCAUAUAAGCGCGCGAAAUUGGAAGUAAUCCCCACUCUUUGUCACACAUGCGAUCGGUAAAUUUCGUAAACAUUCGUGCGUUGUACUUCGGUCCCCACUACUAGUGAUCGUGAGUCUUCGUCCCCUUCGGGUUCAUUCGGAUUACCAAGCGCGCGUUCGCUUAGUUCACUUAGUUCAGUCGAGAAGCGUUUGCGUGUCAGAAGACAUCGUACUUGUUACAAUCUUUAUUAAUAAUCGCCACUUUGUCGAUAUCGUAGCAUGUGCCCACCAGUUCACAGUCACGUAUACGUUUACCUGCCGCAUCACCAACCCCACAAUAAACUUGUCUCUUACGGCUACCGUUAGGGUUGCUGUGACAUCAUAUCUAGUCGUGUCCUUUCCUCUUAGAAAAAACCGGUAACGCCAUUGUAAGGUCUGCAAGUUUUCCUUUCGUUCUCUCGUUAAAGAAUGUAUAUUCAGCUGUAGCUUAAACGAAGAAUCUCUAUUGGUGUGCAGUGAUAGUAUGAUUUUUUUUUGGAUAUUUUAGUGAAUUCGGAAUCGCGGUUGUAUUAGGUGGAUGAGUUCGCACGUGGUAAAUGGCAGUGUGCACGAGCAUCACAACCUCAAGCCACAUAUUUUCCGUCCAUAGUGGUGCUAUUUGAUCGAACGUAAACGACGAAGAUCAAGAAAAAGAAGAAGAAAUAAUACGAAAAAACAACACGCGCGAAAAAGAAGCAAUCGAGUGAACGGAACAGAAAGAUCGGGGACAAGAUACGAAAUUGCGAGAGCAGCCGAAGUCUGUGUAACGAAGAAGGAAAAACCGAGAAAGAAGAUAGAUAAAGACAGCAAUAGAAAUCUCAUUUCGACGAGUAACUAGCCACAAGCAAGAUGAGCUGCUGUACGAGUGCUCCGAUUGUAACCCAAACCUGUGAGACUCUUCUGAGCAAGUGUGAAAUCCCGAUCAUCGACCUCGCUCAUAUGGGGACUGAGAGAUGUCCUCAGAAGGGUGUCGUGAAGCAAGUGUCUUCGAAACUGGUAAGGGCGCUGUCCGAGAAAGGAUUAGCCUUGCUUGUCAACCAUGGCAUUCCGGAAUGCAAGAUGAAGGCGGCCUAUAGAGCUUUCGAUGCAUUCUGCGAACUUUCAGAAGAUAUUCGAACUAAAUAUGAGCGUAAUCCUAUGGGCAAUUACGGAUACGUGAAGCCAGGACCGUCAAAAUAUACUGAUGAAAAAGAAGCUCGACAUGUUUUCAAUGUGAUUGGAUGCGGAGGAACUCUUCCGGAUGAAGAAGUGCCUGGUUUCAGAUUAGCAGUCAACGAACUUGCUCGAGAUUUUAAACAACUGUCUGCUAUGCUUUUAACUGCUCUGGCCGUGGGCCUAGAGCAAUCCCCUGAUUUCCUGCUCUCGAAGCACUCGCGCAUGCUGGAAUCUGGAAACGAAUCAACUCUUCGUCUUCUUUACUACCCUCCUCUUGGUGCACCAGCGCCAGGAUUGGCUCGUUGUGGCGCUCAUUGUGAUUAUGGAACUUUCACUUUAUUAGCACAGGAUUGCGAAGGUGGGCUAGAAAUACAAUCUCCAUAUGGAGAACGAUGGGGAAGAGUUGGUCAUCUUCCAGGCGCUAUUUUGGUGAAAACUGGCGAUAUAUUAGCAAAUUGGACAAACAAUCAAUUACAAGCAUUAAGACACAGAGUUGUUGUACCAGAACACUGUGGUCGAGGUCGUCAUUCCAUUGCAUUUUUUGUGCAUCCAGAUACUAACACUCCUAUUGAGCCUUUAGAUACAAAAAUUGUAAAAACUAAUCAAGAACCAGCUCCAUGUCGUUUACAGAAAAAAAAACGCGGUGUUUUGACUGCAUAUCAUCAUAUUCAACGUCGUCUUCGAGAAACUUAUGCUUCUUAACACUGUUCAUAAUUAUAUGUUCUUAUUUUUAGAUAAAAUAUUUUAGAAAAAUUAUUAUUGAAAUUUGUACUGAAAUUUAAAAUUUUGAAAUGUUUAAAAUAACAUGAUUUUAUAUAUUUGAAACAUUAUAAAACAUUAUAAGUUUCCUUUUGAAAGAAAUUAAUUCACGAAUAAUUGACUAUAAAUAAUAUGAUAAUUUAUAAUAAAAUUUGCUUGUUUAUAUCUGUUUCAAAAAAAGAACAAAAAUUUGAUUCAGAAAAUGAUGAAAUAUGAGAACUAAAAUAUCGCAUCACACAAUAAUAAAGAAAUUUGUACUUACAUUUUGUAAAAAUGCAUUUUAUACAAAUAAUUUAAUUUCUCAUUAAUAAAGUAGAAGACAAUCCAAU